AUGAACUCUGGGGGGCUGGCAGCCCCAUCCCUUCCCCCCACCCCAGAAGACCCUCCUCCGAUUCGGAGCACCCGCCUGCCACGCCCCUUUCUCCGGAGUCUCCGGACACUCUUUGAAAUUCUGGAUGACCAGCGGAGCGGGACCAUCCACGUUUCGGAGAUCGAGAGUCGUUGGGGCCGGGGAGGCUCCGGAGUGACCGGCCAGGGUGACAGAGAAAGAUGUCAGCUUCCAGCUGGGGUUCUCCAGGCCUUACAGCAGGUGGCCGAACCUUGUGGGGGCUAUUUGAGUUUCCCCCGCCUGGUGGCUGGUUUGAGAAUUGCCCUCCUCCGGGCUGAAGAAGAAGAAGAAGCAGAAGCAGAGAAGACAAGAGAGGGUGCGGGAACCAGCCAAGCCGAGGGUGGACAGAGCUCAUCACAAUCAAUGAAGAACCUGAGCCGGAUACGCGAAUCGGAUGGGAAAGGAGUCACUCGAUCCCGUAGCAUCAACAGCUCCCUGUGCCAAGCUGGGCGACGCAGGAGCAUCCGAAUCCCAAAGGAGCCGCGCAGGCACACCAUUUCCAAUGCCAUGGAAUACGACAUGCUGAAGCGGAUGCAGGAAUUGGAGCGGCAACGGGACGCCUUGCUGCAAGGGUUGGAAAUGGUCGACCGGGUGCGCGAUUGGUUUCAGCGCCACCUGCUGGAAGCCCAGAGGCGCCAGAAGCGCAUGGGAGCAGAGGCAAGCUAUUUCCCAGAUCCUUAUGCCAACCAGAGCUGCCUGCUGCUGGCCAAGAUCCAGGAAGUGAAUCUGUGCUUGAAAAAUCUGCUCACCUCUCCCGGAAAGUCUGAAGUUCCACCGGGUGGUUUUGGGGUCCCUGUUUAUUCAUCAGGAAAGAAGGAGUUUCAACAGCAAGCAGUCACUGUCCUCAAAGAACAGAACCACCUGCUGAUCAAGGAAGUGUCUGAAAAAAGCGACCGCAUUGCCCAGCUGGAGCAAGAGAAAGCAGCUCUUUCCAAGCAACUUAAAGAGAGCCGGGGUUACCGACUGCCCAGCCAUAAGGAGUCCACCUUUAUCUGACCGUCAAGGUUCGGUUGACGAUGAACAUGGUGACAUCACUUUCUUCUCUAUCCACAAUGCCUGUGACAUCGCUUCCUUCUCUGAGCCCAAGACAAAUGACCAUCUUUCUGGUCAGGGAGGUUACUGUUGUCUUCUCUUUUAUGCCAUUACAUCUGCCUCUGGC